AUGUCGGACGAGGAAGAGAUAUUGCCAGGUCCGUCUAGCCGGCACGUGGAAACGAAAUCAACAUGCAAACAGAGAAAAGAUCUCCCCCUCAAGGUCCAGGUGGAGGUGUUGACGAAGCUGAUGGCUGGCGCGAAGCAAUUCCAGCUAGCUCAGGAGUUCUGCGUUAGUCAGAGUCAAAUAUCGCGGAUCAAAUCUAAUCAGGAGCGGAUUUUGUGUCAAUUCAUCAAUAAUGGAAACCUCGAGCGGAAGAGAGCGAGGAUGGGACCUCAGAAGGAGCUCGAGGAGGCCUUGCUCAAGUGGUAUCAGAGUGAAGUGACCGCCGGUACUGCGCUAAACGGAGUCAUGAUCAAAACGAAAGCAAAUCAGAUAGCCAAAGAAUUGGGCCUCACCGACUGGAAGGCUUCCAAGGGAUGGUACUAUCGAUGGCAGCUCCGUAACAAUGCGAUCGUGAAAAGCCACGUCUCGAGCGCGGUCGAGAUCCACGUGCAAGAGGGCACGAGCACGGGCGGCGCCGCUUUGCUAGAGUUUCGAGAGGUUCUUGGGAACUACUCGACAAAUAACAUUUUCUGCAUGGACGAAGCUACUCUGCUCUACCGAACUGUACCGAGCAAAGAAGGACAGCUAUACGUCGAUCCUCAAGAGAGAGUGUCCAUACUAUUCUGUGCCAAUCGGAGUGGCACGUCAUUAAUGCCACCGGUCCUGAUAGGACGAACCUCAGAACCCGCCUGCCUCAAGGGUGUGAAAAAGUAUCCCGUUCUAUACACUAACUCGCCAAGAGCGACGAUGACGUCCAACAUCUUCCAUGGAUGGCUUCAGCAGAUCGACGCCGAAUGCGGCAAAAGCAACAAGAAGAUUGCGCUCGUCGCAGAUGACAUUCCAGCCCACCGAGUCCCGCAGCUAGUCCUCAAGAAUGUUCGUCUUGUGUAUCUUCCGUACCACAUCCGACCUCUGGAAAAAUUGAUAUCCAAGUUCAAGCUGUUCUACAGAGAGCAGCUCGUUCGAGAACUAGCGGUGAUGUGCGACCAUUCGCUCCAGAGGAUCAAAGCCGCUAGCACGAUCUCAUUACUGCGGUGCAUGCAUUUCGUGAAACUCGCUUGGGGACAACUGACGGCCACCGAUGUCUCGCGAACGCUCGAAUCCUUGGUAAAGACCGUUCUCGGCGUGAAUCUCGUGGCGGAGACUGACAUCUUGCCCGACGUGGGAAAACUCCCCUUCGAUUUCAACACAGAAGAUCUCAAACUGGUGGAACAACUCGAAAAGAAGAUGGAGUUGGAACAGGAUUCGAGUCUCCCGGUGAACGAAUCGUAUAUCGACGAUCAGUUCACUGGAAGCAAAUUGGUGCCACCGUCCAAACAGGAAGUCCAUAGCGCUCUCGAGGUCCUACGGAGAUUCCACGACCUCAACGGCUUCGACCCGCAGCCGCUCUACCAAGUGGAAACUUCAGUGCAGAGAUACAUGGAAGAGCACGGCCUUCUACCUCAAACCGGUCUGGCGCCUCAGCAAGCUCACGCGAGCCAUCAACAAAUGCUCAUGUUUCCAUCGGCUCCGCCGAUACCUGUCGAGGAGGUUCAACCUCAGCUGCAGCACCAUCAAACUUUACCCACGGGUCAACUCGGCUGA